AGUCAUUCUGAGGAAUUUUGAUGUCUCGAUAAUCUUGAUUAGUUUUGUGCAGUGGAUUGUAGAAAGUAUUGUGGGAAGGUAGUGUGUUGAAUUUAAUGUAAUUUAACUACACACAAUUAAUCAAAAUAAUGGGAUCGGUACGAAUAAUAAACGACGAUCGUCAUUUCAACGGCGAGUUGGCAAAUGCCGGGCAAAAACUCGUCGUCGUAGAUUUCACAGCAAGUUGGUGCGGGCCUUGUCAGAGAAUCGCCCCAAUAUUCGAGCAAUUGUCUCUCAAGUAUCCCAAGGCGGUGUUCCUGAAGGUGGACGUGGACAAAUGCGCGGAUACCGCCUCGAUGCAGGAUGUCAGCGCGAUGCCUACCUUUAUCUUCUACCGCAGACGUACGAGACUGGGCCACUGCCAAGGCGCGGAUCCAGUGGGGUUGGAAUCCAAGAUCCAGCAGUUCUACGGCAGCGGCGAUGCCGAUGACGCGGAUGACUCGGUCGCAGAUUCCCUACCCGGCCAUAUGGACCUGUCUAGUUUCAUAAUGAAACAGCAGUGCGAGUGUUUAAACGAAUCGGAUUAUCACACUUUCUCUCAGUGUUUGAAUUCGGACAGUGGGUAUCUUCAGAGCGACGAGGACGAGCAGUUGAUAAUGUCCAUCGCAUUCUCGCAGCCUGUUAAGGUUCACUCACUUAAAAUCAAGGCACCCAUGGAAAAUGGGCCGAAAAAUAUUAAACUAUUUAUUAACCAACCCAGAACGAUUGAUUUUGAAAUGGCAAGCUCCAAUACGAGCAUUCAAGAUCUAACAUUGUCAACUAAGGACCUCGAGGAGGGAAAUCCGAUACCGCUGCGUUAUGUCAAAUUCCAGAAUGUGCAAAAUCUUCAAAUCUUUGUGAUAGACAAUCAGAAUGGCUCAGAAACAACGAGAAUCGAUCAUCUAGUCGUAAUCGGCUCACCAAUUUCGACUACGAACAUGGGAGAAUUCAAGAGAGUGUCUGGCAAGAAAGGAGAAAGCCAUUGAACGACUUUUCUGCAACAAUAAUAUACCGGAUACAUCAGGAAUUUCAAUUUGCCUACUAACAUUCCCCAUUGUUUUUUUUUUGCAUGGAAGAAAAGAGGAAAGAGAAAUAGUUGUAACAAGACUUCAAACAAUAAAAUCCGAUUUGAAUACUGUAA